CGACCAGCCGCCGCCAGGCUGGUGUUUAUCUGCAGACGAGCAGGUGAAGCCAAGAAAAUCAACUUUCCAUAAACUGCGGAUGUGAAUUUCGAGGCAUAAGGCCUCGGCUCGAACCCCGGUAUUAGUUGCGUACUGAUUUGCGAUAUAUAUAGAUAUCCACUGGGGGUUGGGAAUUGGAAGGAGGAGGGCUUUUUCAGUGAACCCUAUCUUUUGCGUUUAUCAGGAUUUUCGUUGCUCUUCCAAUUCAGGUUCAUCAAAUAAAACAUGAGUUCGUUGGAUGUUGCCAGAACAGAGCUUGCUCUUGCUGUCCUGUACCUGAACAAGGCCGAAGCAAGGGAUAAGAUAUGCAGAGCAAUACAGUACGGUUCAAAGUUCUUGAGCAAUGGAGAGCCUGGUACUGCACAAAAUGUUGACAAAUCUACUAGCCUAGCACGUAAAGUUUUCCGAUUGUUCAAGUUUAUUAAUGAUCUUCACGCCCUCAUUAGUCCUAAUGCUCCAGGAACUCCAUUACCAUUGAUUUUGUUGGGAAAGUCAAAAAAUGCACUUUUGUCAACUUUCUUGUUUCUAGAUCAAAUUGUAUGGCUAGGCCGGACAGGCAUAUACAAGAACAAAGAACGCACUGAACUGUUAGGAAGAAUAUCUCUGUUUUGUUGGUUGGGUUCUUCCAUCUGCACCACACUGGUCGAGAUUGGUGAAAUUGGGAGACUUUCCGGAUCGAUGAAGAAGUUAGAGAAGGAGCUCAAGAAUACCAACAAGUACAAGAACGAUCAAUAUCGCAGUAAACUUAAAAAAUCUAACGAGAGAUCACUUGCCUUAGUGAAAGCCGGAUUGGACAUAGUUGUUGCUGUCGGGUUGCUUCAACUUUCACCCAAGAAAGUUACUCCCCGUGUAACCGGUGCUUUUGGAUUCGCAAGCUCCCUCAUCUCCUGCUACCAGUUGCUUCCGGCGCAGCAGAAGGCCAAAACAUUGUGACGGGGGGUUUAUCGCAUGGACAUGCUUCAGUGUUCUUAAAAAUAAUUACAAGGUUUGCUUGAUAAGUUGUAGGGGUCAAACCGAAUCACUGUUGGCUGAUAUGAGCCAGCUGGACACCGGUUUAUUAUUUCACAUUACAUGGGCAUGGCAUGCCUUACCUUGAUGAUUUUGUUUCCGUGUAAUAUCAUCAUAUCUUGCUACCUUAACCUACCUAAAUGAAAUAAAAUUUGUACUUGCUUAUUAGACCAA